GAUGUUUUGGACUCGCGGAGGGAGGACGCGAGAGCGUGAAGAUGGAGAACACGUUUUACAAAAUGACGGACAGAGACAUCACGCUGAUGAUACAGCUCCGUGCCGCCAACGACACCAUCUUCACCGGCAGGAGGAACUCUGCCAUGAGGGGCUGGAGGGCCAUCAGGAGGGAGAUGGGCUUCCAGGGGUCCAUGCUGUCCGCACGCCAGCUGAAGAAGAAGUGGGACAACCUGAAGGACAAGUACAAGGUGCUGAAGAACCCUCCACUGGGCAUGGAGACCACGGCCCAGCCCGCCUCCUGGCGCUGGUUCCACCUGAUGGACGAGGCGUUGAGCGGCCGGCUGGCCGGGACCGCCCCCAUUGUCCAGCUGUCCCCGCUGGACGAGGACGAGGAGUGCGGCGUCCUGCCCCCGCUCACUCCUCCUUCUCUGUUGUCUGGACUGGCCGAAGGGGAUCCGGGAGCUCUGGGGGGCGACGGGAUGCUCGGGGAGGUCCUGCAGCUCAGCGGUAUCGACGUGUGCGCCAACGUCGAGGCGGCGAGCAAAACCGGAUCACUUGCUGAGGUCGCCGCCGCCGGAAGAGACGGAGGUCACGAGGGGAGCGGCGAGCGCGAGCCCGCUGUGAUGAAGAGUCAGCCUUCGAUUAACGACAGCCAGACCGCCGUCCUGCCGCCCGACCGCACCGCCGACACCCACAAGACGUCCUCCUCCUGCGGACACGCGGCCGGGGAGGACGGCGAGGUGGACGAGGAGCUGGCGGAGCUGCAGAGGGAGUGGCAGAGUCUGGAGAGGGAGCAGGCCAAAUUCGACAGAGAGCUGAUCGCUUUGGAGAGAGACCGAGAGCUGCUGGACAGAGACAUGGACACUCUGGAGAGGGACAGAGCGGCUCUGGAGAGACACAGAGAGGCUGUGGAAAGAGACAGAGCCUCAGUGGAGAGAGACAGAGCAGCCGUGGACAGAGACCGAGUGGUUCUGGACAGAGACCGGGCGUUCUUGGACAGAGACCGGGCGUUCUUGGACAGAGACCGGGCGUUCUUGGACAGAGACCGGGUGUUCUUGGACAGAGACCGGGUGUUCUUGGACAGAGAUCGGGCGUUCCUGGACAGAGACCGGGUGUCCUUAGAGAGAGCCCUAGAGGACUUGGAGAAAGAGCGGGCGCUGCUGAGGACACAGAUGGACACUGUGGACGGACGUCAAGCUGAGAUGACAACAGAGAAGGAGGUCGUGCUCCAGACCAGGUUCUUCCAGAGCCGGAUGGCUGCAGAUCUGGAUCCAGACCAGCUGGAGACCAGACAGAGACUGGUGUCUUUGUUCCAGAGGCUGGUGGAGAAGCUGUGA